AUGUUGCGGGCGGUUUUCAGGUCGCCGGAUUUUGUUAGGAGCUUGAGCUGUGAGUUGAGCUCCAGCAUGUUGAUUAGUGAGGAGUCAUGGAGGUUAGGAGUCGUGGGGUCUUUACGGCGGUCGUCGGGAAUCAGGGUGCCCAAGAUGUCGACGUGGGCUAAGCAUGAAUUUGAGUAUAAUCUUCUGGUAAUUGACGGCCUCAGUGAUAACGCCAUCCUCGUGAGCUAUCACAUUAGCAGUCGAACGAUCUUUGUCGAGGAUUAUUCCACAGCCGUCUUGAAAAGAAUCCAAGCCGUCAGCCAAAAGCUGCCAGAAAAGUCCACCUGCAGCCACUCCACCUCGACUGGCCGAUUUAUAAAUCCUCGAAUACACCAAAUAGAAAAGCCUGUCCCUUUGGCUAGGCUCGAAAUUUCGAUCUUUCGAAGAUUUCCCGAAUUCGGCAAAGAGAAGGGGCUUUCGGAGAAUAGCCUCAGCAUCUUGAAUGUGCGUGUUGAGCCAUUUGUUUAG